UUCAGACCUGCAGACAAGCCAAGGAGCAAUCUGAGGGCACCUCUAAUAUUCUGAAGACACGUCUGUUUUUGCGUUUAGCCAUGUCCGUCCAGAGUAACACAACUCACUGCGUGAUCCAACAAACCGAAGCAGCCAGUAUCUUGACCCCUGUAUUCAUCAUAGAGUUCAUAUUCGGGAUGCCUGGGAAUGCAAUGGCUCUCUGGGUCUUUGGCUCCUCCUUGAAAAAACGAAAGCCCCUCACCGUCUAUCUGCUGAACCUAGUGCUGGCUGACUUCCUGCUUAUUAUCUCCCUGCCCUUCAGGAUUGACAGCUCCAUGAGGAAAGAGCAUUGGGUCUUUGAAGACAUUUUUUGUCGGAUUAAUCUCUUCAUGCUGGCUGUGAACCGCUCCGCCAGCAUUGGAUUCAUGACUCUAGUGGCAGUCGAUCGCUACUUCAAGAUUGUCUUACCACACCACCGGCUCAAUCGCCUGUCCAUCAAGUAUUCUGUUGGCAUUUCGUUUAUUAUGUGGGCACUGGUCUUGGCCUUGAGGUGUCCAUUAUUGUGCAACAAUCAUCUUUAUGUGAGCGGCAAUAUAACUCUAUGCCGGAGUUUUAGGCACACAAUUGACUUGACUUUUGAACAGAAGCUGCACUAUGGGGUCUACUUUUUUGAAUUCUUCAUACCAUUUGGCAUCCUGAUUUUCUGCACCUUUAGGAUCAUAUGGAUACUGAAGUUUCGCCAGUUAGACAAGUCAAACAAGGUCCAGAAGGCUAUUAAGGUACUUGUGCUCAUUUUACUGUUCUUCACCAUCUGCUUCCUGCCAGGCAUUCUGUCAGGACUGAUUACCCUUCUGAUCAUAAAGUUCUUCCCAAGUGCCUGCAAGGCCUAUAACACCUCUGCCAUGCUUUUCAGUGUCUCCAUCGCUUUUACGUACCUGAACAGCGUCCUGGAUCCAAUGAUCUACUGCUUCUCUAGCUCUUUGUUCUUAAAUGCGUUGAAGAAGUCAAUCAAUUCAAUGGGACUCUGUCAACUCGAUGUAGAAAGAAAACCUAUUUAUGGCACUGACAGUGACAGGAAUACAUCGUGAGUUCCUUUCCUUGUGUCAGAAACUGCUGACUGCAAUGCUAGGCUGCAUCAUAAUGACUGGUAUCAAGAGAACAGUGCCACAAUGACCAUGAUGGGGGUCUCCUGGCACUUGCAUCACCUCCUGCUUUUGCUGAUAUUUGCUUUACAGUCUUGACCCAGCAGCUAGGAGAGUCCAGCUCCUUUAUCUGUCCUUGAGUAUUGUCACCUGUUGCUAUAGUAACUACUGUGAUGCUAU